UGCCGUAAAUUUAACGGCAUACGAAAAUUUUUGUUAAUGGCGGCCUAUGAGCACGAGAUACAUUGCUAAACAAAACCAUGCAACUUUCGUAUAUUCACAUGGUUCGUGCAGGGCCUUUUAAGAGAAUCGUCAGGAAGGCAAAGAUAUUUGCGUUAGCUAAGGGUUUUCGAGGACGUCGUAAGAACUGCUACAGUUUAGCGGUAAGAAGCGUACACAAAGCAUUGCAAAGGCAGUACAUGAGCAGAAAGUUAAAGAAGAGAGACAUCAGAAAAUUAUGGAUACAAAGAAUCAAUAUGAGUGCAAGAGAAUAUAAUGUACCUUAUUCGAUGUUCAUCAAAAAUAUGCAUGAGAGCAACAUUUUGUUAAAUCGAAAGAUGCUAUCAGAAUUAGCAAUUCACGAGCCAAGGACUUUCCAUGCAUUAUCUCAACUAGCCAAAGAUAAGCAGAAGGACGGCUUAUUAGCUGCGCUUGAUUAACCGAGAGCAUGUUUCAAAUAACAUUAUGGUAACAUAAACGUGUAUAUUUGUAGAUAAAUGGAAAUAUAUUCUUUUAUACAUAAAGACAUAA